UUUUACGUCCCAGUCCAAUAUAUAGUUCAACCAGUCGUUGGGGUUAUCGUGUUGCUUGCGUUUUGUUUUCACUUGUAUUAUACUUUACUUGUUCACUGCGCGUACGUUGCUUCGCAAAAACCUCUCUCUCUCUCACUCUCACUUUGCAGUGAUUGGAAUUUAUGAUGGGGGGAAGCUAUGUUGAAGAUGAUUGGGAAUUGGCGUCGUCUGGAUCAGCUAGCGAGGUUCAGAUUUCAGCUAAUGAAGCUCGGACAGUGGUUUUAGUUGGACGUACCGGCAAUGGGAAGAGUGCAACCGGUAAUAGUAUUCUUGGGAAAAAGGUUUUUAAGUCGAGGGCUAGCUCGUCCGGUGUCACUUCCUCUUGUGAAAUGCAGACUGCUGAGUUGAGUGAUGGACAGAUUGUCAAUGUUAUUGACACUCCAGGAUUAUUUGAAGUUUCUGCUGGAUCUGAGUUUAUUGGGAAAGAAAUAGUCAAGUGCAUUGACUUUGCCAAGGAUGGUAUCCAUGCCAUCCUUGUGGUGUUAUCUGUUAGAUCACGAUUUAGUGAGGAAGAAGAAAAUGCUCUACGCAGCUUGCAGACAUUAUUUGGAAGCAAGAUUGUUGACUAUAUGAUUGUGGUCUUCACGGGCGGGGAUGAGUUAGAAGAUGAUGAAGAUACACUUGACGAUUAUUUAGGCCGUGAAUGUCCAGAGUCUUUGAAGCAAAUCCUCUCUUUGUGUGGCAAUCGUUGCGUUCUCUUUGACAACAAGACUAAGGACGAAAAGAAGCGAUCUGGACAAGUUCAACAACUUCUCUCGUUUGUAAACUUGAUAGUAUUACAGAAUGGCGGGCAACCUUAUACAGAUGAGUUGUUUGCAGAACUAAAGAAAGGAGCAAUGAAACUGCAUAGAGAGCAAAGAAAGGUUGAUUCCUUGGAAGGAUAUUCAGAAGGACAAAUAUCAGAGCUUAAAAAGCAUAUGCAGCAAACAUAUGAGGAGCAGCUAAAACAUAUUACCGAGAUGAUUGAGUCAAAGUUGAAGGAGGCAACUACAAGGCUUGAGAAACAAUUGGCAGAAGAGCAGGCUGCAAGACUAAGAGCAGAAGAUAGUGCAAAGUUAGCUCAAAAGAAAUCAGACGAUGAAAUACGAAAACUAAGGAAGCAUCUUGAGAAGGCGCAUGAAGAACUCCGCAAGCGAGGUGAUAAGGGGGGUUGUGCCAUUCUAUGAUCUAGUAGCAAGCACUACUUCAAACUUUCGAAGAUUUGUUUAAAUUUUCUUCCGGGAUUAUGAAAUCUUGUUGCGUUUGUAUAAAUGCCGUGACUACUGCACACUUAUAUUUUUAUUGUGUUGACAUUAUGCAUUGAAGACCUUUAAUAUAUAUAUAUACAAUGUAGAUAAA